GAAGCCUUCCAGGUGGCUUGCGGCUCUUUUUUUCCCGCUCGGGGCCAGGUAUCCUCCGUUGCUGCCAAGCUUGGGGUUUACCCUUCACGUCGCACCAAAUUGAAAUAGAAUUAGAGAAGAAAACGGAUCCAUAGUAAAAUGUCUCGAAAAAUUUCUAAGGAAUCAAAAAAAGUGAAUAUCUCUAGUUCUCUGGAAUCUGAAGAUAUUAGUUUAGAGACAACAGUUCCGACAGAUGAUAUUUCCUCAUCAGAAGAGCAAGAGGGUAAAGUCAAAAUCACCAGGCAGCUAAUUGAACGAAAAGAACUACUUCAUAAUAUUCAGUUACUGAAGAUAGAGCUAUCCCAGAAAAAUAUGAUGAUCGACAAUUUGAAAGUGGAUUAUCUUACAAAGAUUGAAGAAUUGGAGGAGAAACUUAAUGAUGCACUUCACCAGAAGCAGCUACUAACAUUGAGAUUAGACAACCAAUUGACUUUUCAACAGAAGGAUGCCAGAAAAUAUCAAGAAUUAAUGAAACAAGAAAUGGAAACCAUUUUAUUGAGACAGAAACAACUAGAAGAGACAAAUCAUCAGCUAAGAGAGAAAGCUGGAGACGUUCGUCGGAACCUACGAGACUUUGAGUUGACAGAAGAGCAAUAUAUGAAACUAAAAGCUUUUCCUGAAGAUCAGCUUUCUAUUCCUGAAUAUGUAUCUGUUCGGUUCUAUGAACUAGUAAAUCCAUUAAGAAAGGAAAUCUGUGAACUGCAAGUGAAAAAGAAUGACCUAUUAGAAGAAUUAAGUACAAACAAAGACCAGCUGAAGCAACUGACAGAGACAUACGAGAAAGAUCGAAGAAACUACUCUGAGCUUCAAAUUAGAUGUCAACGUUUGGCCUUAGAAUUAGCAGACACAAAACAGUUAAUUCAGCAAGGUGACUACCGUCAACAGAACUAUGAUAAAGUCAAGAGUGAACGUGAUGCAUUUGAACAGGAAGUAACUGAGCUUAGGAGAAAACAUGAAAUACUUGAAGCCUCUCAUGUAGCUCAAGCUAAAGAAAGAAGUGAAUUAUCAAAAGAGGUAGCCACCUUACAGCAGACUGUUACUCUACUGCAAAAAGAUAAAGAAUAUCUCAAUCGCCAAAACAUGGAGCUUAGUGUUCGCUGUGCCCAUGAGGAGGAUCGCCUUGAAAGACUUCAAGCUCAACUUGAGGAAACCAGAAAGGCUAGAGAAGAGAUGUAUGAAAAAUAUGUAACAUCCAGAGACCAUUAUAAAACAGAAUAUGAAAAUAAACUACAUGAUGAACUGGAACAAAUCAGAUUGAAAGCUAAUCAAGAAAUUGAUCAACUUCGAAGUGCCUCUAGGGAAAUGUAUGAACGGGAAAACAGAAAUCUCCGAGAAGCAAGGAAUAAUGCUAUGGCUGAAAAGGAUCGAGCAGUGAUGGCUGAAAAGGAUGCUCUAGAAAAACAUGAUCAGCUCUUAGACAGGUACAGGGAGCUGCAACUAAGUACAGAAAGCAAAGUAACAGAAUUUCUUCAUCAAAGUAAAUUAAAAGCUUUUGAAAGUGAGCGUAUACAACUUCUACAAGAAGAAACUGCAAGAAAUCUCACACAGUGUCAAUUGGAAUGUGAAAAAUAUCAGAAAAAAUUGGAGGUUUUAACUAAGGAAUUUUAUAGUCUCCAAGCCUCUUCUGAAAAACGCAUUACUGAACUUCAAGUACAGAACUCUGAUUAUCAGUCAAGGUUAGACAUUUAUGAGAAAUUGGAAAAAGAGCUUGAUGAAAUAAUAAUGCAAACUGCGGAAAUUGAAAAUGAAGAUGAGGCUGAAAGGGUUCUUUUUUCGUAUGGCUACGGUGCUAAUGUUCCCACAACAGCCAAAAGACGACUAAAGCAAAGUGUCCACUUGGCAAGGAGAGUGCUUCAGUUAGAGAAACAAAAUUCAUUGAUUGUAAAAGACCUGGAGCAUCAAAAGGACCAAGUAACACAGCUUUCACAAGAGCUUGACAGGGCCAAUUCUCUAUUAAACCAGACUCAACAACCUUACCGAUAUCUCAUUGAAUCGGUGCGUCAGAGAGAUUCAAAGAUUGAUUCACUGACAGGAUGUAUUGCACAACUUGAGAAAGAUGUCAGCAAUUUAAAUAAAGAAAAGUCAGCCUUACUACAGAUGAAGAAUCAAAUGGCAUUAGAUUUAGAACAACUUCUAAAUCAUCGUGAGGAAUUAGCAGCAAUGAAACAGAUUCUCAUUAAUAUGCGUAGUAAACAUUCUGAAAACAACUUACUUCUUACUAAAACGGAAUCAAAAAAUGUGACAGAAAAUCAGAAAUCAAAGACUUUGUAUGUGCCUAGACAACAUGAAGACAAUACAUUUAUACCCAAACCAACACUAUUUACUAAAAAAGAAGCACCUGAGUGGUCUAAGAAACAAAAGAUGAAGACCUGAUGUUCUGAAUGGGAAGCAUUUGCUGUAUCAUUAUCAGCUCCUGAAGUUAUCUUUCUGAUAGGAAGAAAAUCAUCUUAAUCAUGUAC